ACCUGCCUUUCAUUCUACCAGAGAAUGAGAUUGCUGCUCUGUCUCAGAUGUCCUGGCUGAUGAAGACUGCAGCCAUUGAGCUCAGAGUGACCUCACUGAACCGUCAGCGCUCUCACACACAGAGACUGCUCAACCUCCUCCUGGAUGACCAGCCAAACACAUUACAUGCCGCAGAUGGAGAGACAGGCAUGGAAGAGGAGAGUAGAUCAGUCAGUGGUUUCCUGCAUUUUGGCACCGUCUCCAAAGUACGCGGGAGGCUGCUGAGUGUUUUGGAUGCCAUAGACUUCAGUCAGGAGGCCCCGGAGCUUCUGCAGCUGGACUUCUUUGAGCGUGCUCAGAUUGAGCAGGUCAUCACCAACUGUGAACACGUCAACGAGCAGGGACACACGGUCUGCAACGUCAAGUUGCUCCAUCGAGUUUUAGUUGCCGAGAUCAAUGCACUGCAGGGCAUGGCGGCCAUUGGGCAAAGACCACUGCUGUUGGAGGAGGUGAACUCAAUCCUGCAGCAGGUGGUGGAGAGGAACCGCGUGCGGUGUAGUCUCAGUGCAAAGCGUCAUGCUCUGCAGAGCUGGAGGAGUCUGGUGGAGACCAUCCUCACGGCCUGUCCUUCAGAGCUCAUCCCAGCCGACCAGCGCCAGCUGAUCAUCAGAGACCUGCUGCUGGAUCUGCACGACAAGGUGUUAUCAGAAGAUGCUGCUGGUGAAUUGAUGCCAAUUGUAGCCGGGGCGGUCUUCACAUUAACAGCACAACUCAGCCAAUCGGUGCUGUCUGAGCAGCAGGGGGCGGGGCCUCAUGGUGGCUCUGGAUCAGGAUUUGCUUCAAUCGCUAACUCCGCCCUCCACCUCAUCCUAAGGAAGCUACUGGAUUUUAUCUUGUGCACAGGUGGAGGUUUCCAGCGUCUAAGGUCUCACCUUUAUGGCGCUCUGCUCUACUACCUGCAAAUUGCCCAGAAACCUGAGGAGCCAGAGACACUCCAGACAGGUAUAGAAACACGGAUAUGA